AAAUUAGGUAGUAGAAAUCAGUAAUAGUUCCAAAAAUGAGCAAGAAGAAAAGAAGUCAAGAGAAGAAACAAAGAAGAAAAGAGAAAUCUUCUGAUCAUGAUGAUCAUCAGAUUGAGGAAAACAAGAGUAUAGAUGACGAGAAAGAUAAGAGUGAAAAUCAGAAUGAUCCUAUUGCUGAUGUGGAUACUCUGGAGCAUUCAGACCCAAUGCCAAUAGAAUAUCGUGCAGAGGAAACGAAAGCUAAUGAAGAAGAGAAUUCAUACCUUUCAGACUAUGAUCCUGAUGAGAGGGGGGAUUCGAUAAUAACUCAAGGAAAAGCGGAGAGACUUCUUAUGAUUAGUUCUGAUUCUUCUCCAAAAACACCCAAAGCUACUAAAGAGGAGAUACAAACUAAGAAAGAUGAAGGAUCAAUUUCAGUUCCAACUGAUUUGCCCAAGGAAGCCUCUUCUAAUUCUCAAAAUGAAAAGUCUAGUUCUAUAAAAGAAGAAGAGCACAAAGAAGACAAUAACAGUGAAGCCGAAGGAGAAGGUGAUGCUGAAGCCGAAGGUGAUGCUGAAGCCGAAGCUGAAGCCGAAGGUGAUGCUGUAGCCGAAGGAGAAGCAGAAACCGAAGGAGAAGCAGUAACCAAAAGAUUAGCAGAAUCCAAAGGAGAAGCAGAAUCCAAAAUCGAAAAAUAAAGCCGAAGGUAAAACAGGAGAUGAAUCUGAAGCAUCAAGAAAGAAUAGACCAAAAACUGAUGUUAUCAACAAGAAUAAGGAAGAAGAUGAAGAGGAAGAGGAAGAGAAAAAUAAGAACUCCGGUAAUCAGAAAAAAUCUAAAGCAUGUUCUUCUUCAAAAGAGCUUUCUGAGAGCAACGAGAAGAUUACAAAAGAGCCUCAAAAUGAGGAUGCAGAAAUUACUCCAAAAAGGCAACCAAAGCGUGCCUCAAAGCUUCCUGAAUUGUCUGAGAAAGAGCCUGAGUCUUUAAUGUUGCAAAGCAAGAAGGAAAGCAGCCAAAAAGAUCACGAAGAGUCCAGAAAGUCCCUUGAGUCAAAUGAAAGCAAGAAGAGUGUAAAGAAAACCAAAAAGAAGAGGAAUAAAGCUAGCACUAAAACUCCAAAGAAACUUCAGAAGAUACAAGAAGGUGACCAAGAGAUUUCAAACACAGAUGCUUCUGAAGAAGAGAAGGGCAAGGCAGGAGGCAAAGAAAUUUCUGAGAAAAAUGAAGGAGAGGAUCAGCAGCAAUCUCAGCAGAUGAUGGAGAAGCCACAGGAAAGCUUGUCUAAAGAUAAGAAGAAUAAAAGAAAGAAGAGAGAUAAGAAGGCCGAUGACAAAGAAAAGAAAAGUAGAAUUGGAAUGAGAAAGGCUAAGUCAAGAAAGAGUGAAGAUGAGCAAAGUGAUGAAGAGAGUCAUAAUGAAGAAGAUAUUGAAGCUAAUAAAGAAUCUGAAGGGGAUGGUGAAAGCGAAGAUGAAAGUGAGACUGAAAAAUCAGGAAUGAAUUCAGACAAAGCUAUAGAGGACAAGUUAAUCACUACAAUUAUCCCUCUCGUUGGAAGCAAAUUCCAACUUAUGCACUUCCAACUUGCAUAUCUUGAGCAAAUCGUGCAAUCCAAACUAAACCAAAACGCUCCUGAAAGAUUCCUAGAAGCACUCCAAAAGUUAGUGACCAAGUCAAGAUCUUCCGUACCUCCUUCUCGCUAUGACCUUUUCCCUCGCUCACAUACUUCAAAGCAGUUGAAGGAUUUUAAAGAAUAAGUAUGGGCACUGCUAUUGUGCAGAUUGGGCAAGGAAACUUGAAAUUUGUAC